AUGGUUGUAGGAGUAACACAGGAUGAGGUAAUGAAAGCACUAAAUAAUAUGAAGAGGGCAAAGUUUGUUUUUAUGCCAGGGAGAAGUACCACAAAUGCCAUAUUUGCACUGCGAAUGUUGAUGGAAAAGUACAGAGAGGGACAAAAGCAACUGGAUUGUGUGUUCAUAGAUCUGGAGAAGGUAUAUGAUAGUACCAAGAGAGGAACUGUGGCACUGCAUGCGAGAGUUAUCGAUACCGGAAGUGGGUCAGUCCUGAGCCCGUUCUUGUUUUCUGUUAGCAUGGAUAAGUUAAUUGAUGGGCUUAGCAAAGGAGCGACGUGGUUUAUAAUGUUUGAUAACGACAUUGUGGUAUGUAGCGAAAGUAUAGGAGAGGUAGAAGAUCUGGAAAGGUGGAGACAUGCAUUGCAGAGGUGUGGCAUGAAAGUCAGCAGAAGGAAGACAGAAUAUCACUGUGUAAAUGAGAAGGAAGGAGAUGGCAGAGUUAAGAUGCAAGGGAAAGAGAUCGAGAAAGUGAAUGGAUUCAAGUAUUUGGGUUCAGCAGUAGACUGUGAAGGAUCUAGAAAUGCUCAAGUUAAAAGGAGAGUGCAGACAGGGUGGAUUAGAUGGAGAAAAGUGACAGGGAGUGAAGGAGAAAAGCUAUAG